AUGGUUCAUCUCCAUCUACCUCCAGAACUUCUGCUCCUCGUCUUGAAGCAAGUUCGCUACGGCGAAGAGCCUGCCGCUUCGAAAAAGUCACUUCGCAAUGCCAUAUUAGUCAACCGUGGAUGGGCAGAGGCUGGCAUUCGCGUACUAUGGCAAGAUGCAGAUGUCGCCGCACUUACUCGGCUACCGGCAGAACGGAGACAAUACUAUACGAAUCAAAUUUGUGAGCUCUCGUUCGAACACGAAGACCAGAGCAAGCACCACGCGACCUUCGGGGACUUGAGCUUCCCGCGCUUGGAGACCAUCUAUGUCGGUAGAAUCGAUCUCAAAUCAGACAAGAAGCUACACCUCUCUCAGUAUAUGCAAUCCCAAUUGAGAAGCUUUAGUUUCCUGGGAGGCGGACUCUGCGAAGAUGCUCUUGACGCUUUGACUUCAACCUGUCAUAAUCUCAGAGAGAUGAACCUUGAAAGCCCAAUCGAUGCCAGCAACGCAAAAUCUUUGAUCGGUUGCCUCACGCAUCUCAAAUUAUUAGAAGUCCUUCGACUUGGGGAUGGCUGGGACAGUUUGGUCACUCGCGAGUUGUUCGGAGUGGUGGCUGGUCACGAAAGACUUAUUAGGUUAGAAAUCGAAUGCCUGACAGGGGACUCAGCAAUUCAAGAAGGUCUCGCCGUGGCCUCUGCUCCAUUUCGCAACCUUCGGAGUCUUCGAAUGACAGUAGGAUCGAGGUGCAUCGAAUUUUUGGCCUCUGCCACCAGAUGCUUACGCGUGUUGGUCUUGGAGGUUGAAGACUCCGUUCAUGAUGUCCUUGUGUCUCUCAGGCCACUCAUGAACCUGGUUUGUCUGGAGUUGACAUUUCUCGGCAAUACGGAUCUGUCCCCACAAGGAUUUAAAACUCUAGAAGGAAUGGUAGACCUCAGUGUUCUCGCAUUGAAGAAAGGUCACGAGCCGCUCUCGACGAUGUGGAUGGAUGACACGUUCUUCAUCGACUUUAGUUCGAAAUUGCCUAAAUUGACCAGUCUUGACUUCAGAGUGAUCUGUGAUAUCACUGCUUCAUCUUUCGCCUCGUUGUGCAAGACUCACCCGAACAUGGAGGAUUUGGACCUCUGGGUCGAUGCCGACUUUAGCGAUUGGUCAACAAUGUCGACUCCUCUGUUUCCGAAGCUAAAGAAACUUGGUGUCUAUGGCCCCUUGAACGAACGUGCAAGAAGAGCUACAGAACCUUUGAUGUCUGACGAAGCUACACAGAUCGCGGACUCGAUACUUCGACAUUGCCCAAUGCUCGGACUGCUGUGCUUCCACUCCUACCAUACGGACAGACUUGCCCAAUUCACACUCAGAGCCUGGGAGUCCAAGACCGACGGCUAUUUUUUAGUGAGCUCUCUGACAUCAUUCCGGUCCAAUGACUGGAUGAUCAACAACUUUCUCACCAUGAAGUUUCAGCCCAGCGAGACAAGGAUCUAUCACGAGUGGCCACAGCGUCAUUCACUAAGUUCUAGAGGUGUAAUAUCCUGA